AUGGCACAAGUGUACGCACAACAAACAAAAGUUGUUGGUGCAUCUCCAGAUGGUGAUAAGAUCGGUCAAACUGCUGCUGAUAAGCUGGCUACAGAUGGAGCCGAGACGACAUCCGGAGUGAUCCAGACGAAUGAAGUGGAUGACAAUAAGAGGGAUGAUUCCGACGUUUCGGAUGAGGAACCAGGCGAUGAUCUUCCCUCGAAUCCAGCCAUUGCUCCUGCGUCGAUGUGGAAUCGUCAGGAUAUCGUCGAAUUCAAGAACGCGAUUCGUAAAGAAGGCGCUGAAGGGAUCAUCAAAGUUGGUCACGGUGAAACUGUAACGGUANGUACGCAAUGUUUGGUACGUGUACCGACUCACGAAGAAGGGACGUGUCUGUUUUGGGAAUUCGCCACAGACUAUUACGAUAUUGGUUUUGGUGUUCUUUUCGAGUGGACUAUUGCUGAAUCGAAUCAGGUAUCUGUACAUAUAUCGGAAUCGUCAGAUGAAGAAGCUGAUGAAGAGUUGACCCAAGCUGAAUUAAGGGCAAGUGGCACUGGUGAUGUGGAGAGUGGAAGUCUAACAAAAGAAAAACAACGAGAUCCGAAUAAACCGCACAUCGAUGAAAUUGUACCUGUUUAUCGACGUGAUUGUCACGAAGAGGUUUAUGCAGGUAGUCAUGUAUAUCCAGGUCGAGGUGUUUAUCUUCUCAAAUUCGACAAUUCUUAUUCAUUAUGGCGUUCAAAGACUCUCUACUACAGAGUUUACUACAGUAAAUAA